CCACAACCACACUCAAAGUCAAGUAUGUCUGGCAAGGGGAAGGCUGGCAAAUCUUCCACAGGCAAGGCUGGCGGUGAAUCCAGCAAGUCGCAGUCCCGCUCUGCAAAGGCUGGCCUUCAAUUUCCUGUUGGCCGUGUUCAUCGUCUCUUGAAGAAGGGCAAUUACGCCCAGCGUGUUGGUGCGGGUGCUCCCGUCUACCUCGCCGCUGUCCUCGAAUAUCUCGCCGCUGAGAUCCUUGAGCUUGCUGGUAACGCCGCCCGCGAUAACAAAAAGCAGCGUAUCGUCCCUCGUCACCUUCAGCUCGCUAUACGUAAUGACGAAGAGUUGAACAAGCUCCUCGGUGACGUUGUCAUCAGCCAGGGUGGUGUUGUACCCCACAUCGACCCUGCUCUGCUGCCGUCAAAGUCGAGCAAGGGCAGCAAGAAGGAGGGUGCCUCACAGGAGGUCUAAGUCUCAUCUGCGUUGUCCUUUCUCGCUCUGUCCUUUGGUGUGCACUUGUAACAUUUCCAUCUUCUUUGCAUCAUUCUCUAAUCUACCGGCUGGGGAACAUGUAGAUUUGUCUUGACGAUGUUUCCCUGUAAUUGUACUGUAUGCAAUGAGUGCACUC